AGACCAGCAGCUAUAGAAGAAGCUAACAGAGAAAUCAUGCUUAUAGUCGUCGCUUCUCGUAAUCCAACUCCUGUAGCUACCAUCCUUCUCAUAGGUCUCAAGAACCUUUUCCAACGUCAAUUACCCAAAAUGCCUCGUGAAUAUAUCACUCGAUUGGUAUUGGAUAAGAAUCAUCUAAGUAUGGCUAUAGUCAAAAGAGGUUGGAAAGUUGUAGGGGGGAUUUGUUAUCGACCAUUUGAGAGUAGAGGUUUUGCUGAGAUAGUUUUUUGCGCUGUGGACAGUUCGGAGCAAAUCAAAGGUUACGGAUCUCAUCUUAUGAACGCCUUAAAAGAUCAUGUUAGACAAGCUCAUCCAACUAUCAACCAUUUUCUCACAUAUGCGGAUAAUUACGCCGUCGGGUAUUUCAAAAAACAAGGCUUUACAAAAGAAAUCGCUUAUCCUCGCGAACGUUGGGUCGGGUAUAUAAAAGAUUACGAAGGUGGAACUAUAAUGCAAUGUUCAAUGUUACCAAAAGUCAAAUAUUCAGAGGUACAUCAAAUGCUAGCGGAUCAAAAGGCUGCCAUUUUAGCAAAGAUUCGAACCAUUUCUAGAUCCCACAUCGUUCAUCCAGGUUUAACAAUAUUCAAAGAACGGAAACCCGGUCAAACAAAAUUAUCAAAAGAAGAUGUCCCUGGAUUAGCUGAAAGUGGUUGGAAUCCCGAUUUAGACGCAAUGAUCUUACAACCUAUGAGAAACCCUCAUCAUGUUUAUUUACAACAUGUUUUAAACGAUUUACAACAAGAACCUUCUGCAUGGCCUUUCACAAAACCUGUAGAUAGGAAUGUGGUACAAGAUUAUUACGAUGUGAUAACUACUCCAAUGGACUUAUCAACUAUGGAGAGUAAACUUGAGAACAAUCAUUAUGCUACCAUUGAAGAUUUCGUAGCCGACGCUAAACUCAUAUUCUCUAAUUGUAGACAAUAUAACGGUGAGAAGAGUACAUACACUGUUCAAGCCAAUAAACUUGAAAAGGCUUUGGAGAGAAUAAUGAAGAAGAGACAGUUGUAG